AUGGCCGGUCUCAAUAUCCAAUCGAAUCACGAAAGCUAUCCAUACAAUAUUCAAUCCGAUCAGCUGAAUAGUAUGGACUCUAACUAUACAAACGGCUUUCCAUUAAAACAAACUAUUAUUACGGACUUUGGUUACGCGAACAUGGAUCAACCGAUUAGUAUGGGCUACAAUGGCAUCCAUUCCUACCAACACAAUCAAACGCCUCUCCAACCUCCCGGUCAAGAUUCUUUUCCUUCCGAUAUCGGCCCUCUCGACCAUAACGGCAUUUACAUGGGUGUGAAUAAAUCGGUGAAUACCGAAAAUUACGGAUAUAUCAGAAACAAUGAAAAUGUGGUCAAAUAUAUUCAAUCUGAUCAGCUGAAUAGUAUGGACUCUAACUGUACAAACGACCUUCUAUUAAAUCAAACAACCAUGGAUCAACCGAUUGUUAUGAACUACAACGGCAUCCAUUCCUAUCAUCACAAUCAAACGCCUCCCCAACCUCCCGGUCAAGAUUCUUUUCCUUCCAAUAUCGGCCCUCUCGACCAUAACGGCAUUUACAUGGGUGUGAAUGAAUCGUUGAAUACCGAAAGUUACGGAUAUAUCAGAAACAAUGAAAAUGUGGUCAACUAUUCAAAUAUGAACUGUAAUUGCAAUUCACCCUUGGUUCAUCAUUCUCUCCCUCAAACAUCAAGUCAAAUGCCAUAUACUUCUACUCGUUUCAACAACGCUGGCGUGAUGACGAACGCUACGAGUCAUGGAUGCAUAGUAAUUAUUAUGAAAGCAGAUAUUAACCUGGAAAAUUUAUUGUCUAUUAUUCAAGGAUGUUAG